AACGUAAAAGACUUUUGUUUUCUGGAAAGACCAAAGUCCCCCUCCCCCCCCGGGUCUUCCCAUUUCGCUGUCCUUUGUUCCUCUCAAACCCUAGCCUCCUCUCCUCCCUUGUUCGAUUUACCCCAAAUCUUCAUCUGUUCACAACUCUAUUUCACCUUCCUCUCUUAAUUGUGAAUUAAGCUCUUCCGCUUCUCUCUACCAGGCGUGUGGUAGAUGGCCGCGACAACAACCCCGGCGGCAAGCAUCAGCGCCGGAGCAGGAUCGAAUGGUGGAGCUGAGGAUCGUGUCCUCGCGACGGCGCAGCAGAUCGUGAAGAGUCUGAACACACCGAAAGAGGUUCGCGAAGAUAUGAUGCUCAUCUUCUCCAGCUUCGAUAACCGCUUAUCCAAUAUCAAGACGGUGAUGACCGACCAAAACGACGCUCUUUUGGCUCGUUUAGAAGCCGCCGAAACGAUUAUCCACCGCUGGGACGGCGGUAACGAUUCCUCUCGCCACUCGUCUUCAUCUUCUGGUAACCACCGUUCCUCUUCGUUUUCUCUUUCCUUCGACGGAUCUCCAGAGGAGGCGACGGAGUUUCUAUCAGCUGUUGAUGAGAUUAUCUCUCUCCUUGUGGAUCUUUCCUCUGAGAACAAGCCUGAUAUGGUAGACCGAGCUGAUAGUGCUUUGCAGAUGGCUAUGUCUCUGCUUGAAGAUGAGUUUAGACGGAUACUGAUCCGAAACACCGUUCCUCUCGACGCUGAGAGACUCUAUGGCUCGAUGCGUCGUGUUACCUUGUCCUUCGCAGAUGGCGAUGUUACUGAGGAUUUUGAGAAUUUUGGAUUGGUUGCUAAUGGUGAUGGAGAUGGUAGUGGGAGUGGGAGUAGGAGGAGGCUCUUCCAUGAGAGAGGAGGAAGCAUAGGCUGUGAUCUUUGGGUUGAUUUGAUUAACCCUACUGCUGUUGAAGAUUUGAAAGAGAUCGCGGAGAGGAUGAUUCGAGCUGGUUAUGAAAAGGAGUGUGUUCAGGUGUAUAGCACAGUGAGGCGUGAUGCCUUGGAUGAAUGCUUGAUGAUUCUUGAUGUGGAAAAGCUGAGUAUAGAAGAAGUGCAUAAGAUUGAUUGGAAGUCCAUGGAUGAGAAGAUGAAGAAGUGGAUUCAAGCUAUGAAGAUCACUGUUAGGGUUCUUCUAGCUGGUGAGAAGAAGCUAUGCGACGAGAUUUUCAACGGUUCAGAGACUAGCAAAGAAGUUUGUUUCAACGAGACAACUAAAAGCUGUGUGAUGCAGUUGUUGAACUUCGGAGAGGCUGUGGCUAUAGGAAAGAGAUCGUCGGAGAAGCUCUUUAGGAUUCUUGAUAUGUAUGACGCUUUGGCUAAUGUGUCGCAGACUCUAGAGGUGAUGGUCACUGACGAUUUUGUGUGUAGUGAGACUAAAGGGGUCUUGGAAGCUUUAGGUAAUGCUGCGAGAGGGACGUUUGUUGAGUUUGAGAAUAAUGUGAGGAACGAGACGUCAAAGAAACCGACGACAAACGGUGAGGUUCAUCCCAUGAUACGUUAUGUGAUGAACUACAUGAAACUGAUUGUGGAUUACGCGGCUACCUUAAAUUCGCUUCUGGAGAACGAUGAGUCAGAUGGUUUAUCCAGGGAUGAUGAUACAGAGGAGAUGUCCCCUCUUGCUAAACGAAUGCUGAUGUUGAUUACGUGCUUAGAAUCAAAUCUGGAAGAGAAAUCAAAGCUGUAUGAGGACGGUGGGCUGCAGUAUGUGUUCUUGAUGAACAAUAUUCACUAUGUUGUUCAGAAGGUGAAGGACUCUGAGCUGGGUAAACUCUUGGGUGACGAUUGGGUUAGGAAACGAAGAGGACAGAUACGUCAGUAUUCUACUGGCUACCUCAGGGCUUCAUGGAGCAAGGUGCUAGCUGCUUUGAGGGACGGUAGUAUGGGUGGAGCCUCAAGUGGUAGCCCAAGUUAUAGACAAAGAAGCAACAGUUCAAGUAGUGCCUCGAAGAUGGCCUUAAAGGAGAGAUUCAAAGGUUUCAAUGCCAGUUUUGAAGAGAUAUACAGGCUUCAAACAGCUUGGAAGGUCCCGGAUCCUCAACUUCGUGAAGAACUGAGAAUAUCAAUACAAGAGAAAGUGAUUAUGGCUUACCGGGCUUUCUUUGGAAGGAACAAGAGUCAACUUGAAGGUGGUAGGCAUGCGGGGAAGUACAUAAAGUACACACCAGAUGACCUGGAGAGUUACUUACCAGACCUAUUCGAAGGAAAUCAAAUGGUAAUUCACCCGAGAAGGAAAAGUUCUUAAGAGGAAGGCAGGCAUUGGGAGAUGACUCUGCUUGAUGGAAGGAUAAUCUUAUAUGUAUGAAAGAUGACAGUGGUGGCAGCAGGUAAUUUUAUCAGUCAGGGGUUUUAAGUUUAUAUAUAUGUUGAAAGUCAGAAUUUAUACCCUUCUAUAAACCGUGUCUAAAUUCUUAUGUACAUGCCUUAAUACUUCUUAUCAUGUUAUGGAACCAUGGGUUUUCUAUAUAUUGACUGUGCUCUUGAGUCAAA